AUGUAUGAGAAACAAGAAAAGGAAACAAAUAACUUCUGGGGAAUUCAGACUUGCUCCUGUGGCUUGCAUUUUCGUGUUGACAGAGAAUCUGCCCUUGUCUACCCAGUGAACACCACUUCAACACAAAAGUUUCUGACCAUCGGGAUUCCAACAAUCAAACGCCGGGACGAUAGCUAUCUGCUAGAAACCGUGAUGUCACUGGUCGCUAACAUGGCUGUCGAACAGCAACAAGAAGUCAUCAUUGUUAUCAUGCUAGCCGACAUUGACCCCGAAAACAGGAAAUCAGUCGCUGAAGAACUGUAUAGGAGCUUUGAGGAACGAAUUAAAUCUGGUCAAAUCCAGAUUAUUCAACCACCAAGCGAUUUCUACGAGCCGCUUAAGGUCACCAAGCAGACAUACAAGCAGGGCGCGGAGUACGUGCAGUGGCGAGCCAAGCAGAACUUUGACUACGCCUUUCUCAUGCGCUUCUCCGCCAACCUGUCGCUGUACUACAUGCAGCUGGAGGACGACGUCACCACCGUCAGCAACUACGUCAACAGCAUUCGCAAGUACAUCGAGCAGCAGACCGAAUCGUGGACAUGCCUCGAGUUCUCCGAGCUGGGAUUUAUUGCCAAGCUGUACAGGUCUGAAGACGUCGUACGACUGUCACAGUUGCUGCUGAUGUUUUACCAAGAGCAGCCCGUGGAUUACACUUACCUCUACUUCAACAUGCUCACGACACAGUUUCAGAAAAGGAUUCGAGUUCCCACGCUUUUCCAGCAUCGAGGAAUUCAUUCUUCUUUUCCCGGCAAAGUGCAGCACCUUAAGGACCGGCUGUUCGACCAGAUGGAAAAGAAAUACAAGGGAGAUAAUCCUAAUGCUACCAUCUACACCACUUUGCAGACAUAUCUCAGCUUUAUGCCCCAGCUAGCAUACUCAAAGACAGAAGGGUUUUUUUGGUCUCACGGAUCACCAGGUGAGGGAGACAUCUUCGUGGUGGUUUUCGACGAGCCACAGACUGUGGAUCGCGUCAUCGUGGAUACGGGUUCGGAGAACCACCCGACCGACAUCCUGGCCAGUGCAACUCUCUUGGCGAGCCUGACGGUGUUGAAGAACGCGGAGCGCUUCGACUGCACUAACGACAUUCCCCUUGGAGACUUCCAGGAUGGCCGGGUGGAAGUGAAGGAGGUCAGCGAGAAGGUCAAGUUUAAGAUCGUCUGUUUGCAGAUUAAAGUGACAAAACAGCAGUCAACGUGGGCAAUUAUACGAGAAAUCGCGGUAUUUCUUCGCCCGAAUUAGUACUCAAAACCCUGACUUCGUCAGUAAUGUCAAGCACUGCCUUAUUUUUGAUACCAAAACAAAACCCAAAGCUAUGUAUUUCAUGAACAUAACAACAUCAUUCUUGAUGCGUGUGCAUCCAAUGCAAGAGCAGAAUAUCGCAGACCGAAGUCAUCCGCUUUCCAAUAUUCCUUUAAAGUUUGUGUAGUAAUCAUUGUGUGUGUGUGUGUGUGUGUGUGUGCGGUGUGUUGUGAGCACAUAUAUGUGCGUGUAUGAGUGGAUGCGUGCGUAUAAUAUAUAUAAUAUCAUAAAUUAUUAUGUGUAUGUGUCCUUGAAAGCAUACAAUAUAAUAUUAUGAUCUGCCCGAUGGAUAGAUCCUUGCAAAAACUGACCCAUUUAAUGCUUAAAAUAUGUUGUGAUUGUAUAGUGGGGCCAUUAUCUUGAAUUGUCGCCUUUAGUUCUUGUAAAUAUAGGUAAAUACAGAUAAAGCCUCCAAACUCACUCUCGUCAAACUGUGACUGAAGAUCUGGUCCCACCUACUGAAAACUAGAUAAAGUUAAUAGCUUAGAGUUUAGAGCAGAUAACUAAACUCUUAUGUCAUCUCCACACGUUCCUUAAACACCAACACCAAUAAAAGGGCAUAUGCAAAUGACUUAGUAAUAGCUGAUCUUCGUCCAACAAUGUAAGGUAGUGUCAUCUUGUGCAUCAUCGCUAUAAAGACUGCAGCAAUAAGAGUAACGGCUGCUAAACUCUAGCAACACUGACUUCUCUUUAACAUCCGAUAGUUCAUCAUAUGUGACCAUAAAUGAGUAAUAGACAUAGGUAACUAGACAAUGGAAUACUGGAAAAAUGUGCAGCGUUGGCGGGAUGGAAAUCGGCACAGUAAGGCAAUGGUUGAACACUGUUAGCCCCUGAAAAGGCCGACGUGCGGUUGAGCGGGCAACAGUGAUACCCGUCAACUGGAAGACGUUCAGUCCUUCAAAUACCUCGGCGCGAGACUCACCAGCGGAGGUGAUAGUGCGGAGGAUGUUCAGCAGCAAUGACGAGACUUUGGAACAGUAAAAGAGUUCACUACCAAAUUCAGAUUAUACAAGUCUCUCGUUGUACCGAUCAUGCUGUACGACUGUGAGUCUUGGACGCUACUCACAGACCAGGAGCGAAAGAUAGCGUUUGAGAUUAAAUGGUAAAGGAAGUUGGUCCGUAUCUCCUAUAAAGAGGAACAGGUGAAAGAAUUUGUACGCCACCUGGAUCGCACUGGUGGGUCCCUAGGUACGUUCUCACAGUCGUGAAGCGGCAAAAAAAAAAAAAAAA